GCGGUGGCGAUCGAAGGCGCAGGGAGGCCCGCGCGGCGGGAGGGAAGAGACGUCCGCAGGGCAAGCAAGAGCCAGACCCGCAGCCUCCCCCGACAGAGCCAUGGACAGCACCGGCAACGCCACCCUGCUCUUCGGCACCGGCAACGCCACCCUGCUCUUCGGCACCGACAACGCCACCCUGCUCUUCGGCCCGUCCACGCUGCCUCCGGACAAUUACACCUUGUCGCCCACCGCCAGCAGCCUGAGUCCCGGCCCGGACGCACCCCUCGCGCCGGCCUCCAGCGCCGGCCCCGGCCCCGGGCUCAGUGUGGCGCCGGGGCCCGGAGUCAGUUUCAGCCCCGGCCCCACUCCGACCCCGGCGCCGACGGCCGGCAGCUUCGCGGGCGGCGCGAGUGGCCCCAGCCCGCCCCUGUUCGCUCGGCCCGAGGCGGCCCACGAGCCCCCGUUUUGGGACACGCCGCUGAACCACGGGCUGAACGUGCUGGUGGGCGCCGCCCUGUGCAUCACCAUGCUGGGCCUGGGCUGCACGGUGGACGGGAACCACUUCGCGGCGCACGUCCGCCGGCCGGUGGGCGCGCUGCUGGCCGCGCUCUGCCAGUUCGGCUUCCUGCCGCUGCUGGCCUUCUUGCUGGCGCUCGCCUUCUCCCUGGACGGCGCGGCCGCCGUGGCGGUGCUCCUCUGUGGCUGCUGUCCCGGCGGGAAUCUCUCCAACCUCAUGUCCCUGCUCGUGGACGGCGACAUGAACCUCAGCAUCAUCAUGACCAUCUCCUCCACUCUCCUGGCCCUGGUCUUGAUGCCCCUGUGCCUGUGGAUCUACAGCCGGCCUUGGAUUGACACUCCCCUGGUGCAGUUACUGCCCAUAGGGACGGUGAUCCUGACCCUCUGCAGCACUCUCAUCCCCAUCGGUUUGGGCGUCUUCAUUCGCUACAGAUACAGCCGGGUGGCUGACUACAUUGUGAAGAUUUCCCUGUGGUCUCUGCUAAUGACGCUGGUGGUCCUUUUCAUAUUGACCGGCACUAUGUUAGGACCUGAACUGUUGGCCAGUAUUCCAGCAGCUGUUUAUGUGGUAGCGAUUUUUAUGCCUUUGGCAGGCUAUGCCUCAGGCUAUGGCUUAGCUGCUCUCUUCCAUCUUCCACCCAACUGCAAGAGGACGGUGAGCCUGGAAACAGGGAGCCAGAAUGUGCAGCUCUGUACCGCCAUCCUCAAACUGGCAUUUCCACCGCAAAACAUAGGAAGUGUAUACAUGUUUCCCUUGCUCUAUGCCCUUUUCCAGUCUGCAGAAGCAGGGAUUUUUGUUUUAAUAUAUAAAAUGUAUGGAAGUGGAGUACUGCACAAGCAAGAUCCUCUAGAUGAAGAUACAGAUAUUUCUUAUAAGAAACUGAAAGAAGAGGAAAUGGCAGACACGUCCUAUGGCACAGUGAAAGCAGAUAAUUUAAUUAUGAUGGAAACCGCUCAGACUUCACUCUAAAUAUGGAGAUACACAGGAGAGUUUAUCUUGCUGAAAUACUACUUCAUAUUUACGGUCUGUCCUAGUGUCUAUGGUUUACAUAAAGAACAACAACUGGUUCACAUCAUUAUACAUGUAACAAUUUUGAUGUACCCACCAUAAGGUUGCAUUGGUAUAUUAACCAAGCAUUUACAUAAAUGACAAAUCAGUGUUGUAAUUUGCACCUGGGACUGCUAGGUUGAUGGCCUGAACAAGUAUGCUUUUUGGUUUUCACCAUUACCAAUUUCUAUGACUGUUUCAAAUAUGUUAAACAGGGUCUUGGAAAUGUAGAAUUUUAUGCCCUAUCUUAUAUGAG